ACUAUGAGAUUACAGCAUCUCUGUCUCUGCAGAUCCCUCGGACAUCUGGAGCUGCCCUGCCCGGGAAUCAAACAUCCUCCCCGAGCACCGAGCACCGAGCACCGACAUCCCGCAUUGACCGAGCCCGGUGUGUCGCUGUCUGUUUCCCCUGUGAAAACACCCCCUUGGACCCGGGGUUGUUGUGGCUGCUGUCCGGGCUGGAUCUCCCGCAGGCUGCAGGGCUCCGGAGGGAUCCCACCGGUAAAAACACGGAAACACGAAGGAAACCCAGGACUAAGAGGUGAUGCACUGAAGUGAUCCGACAUCUGAGAGCGUUUUUUAGGCCCUAUGUGAGCUGCGACACACCCGGACCUGGUGCGUCUCGAACCCGGAUCCUCCUGCAAUCUGGACCCUGGAGUCGUGUGUUUCCCUGCAGGAUAAAAAAAAACAACAUUUAUUAGUUUUGCAGAUCUUGUGUCUGAUAAACGGUCCUGAUUGAGACUUCCUCCUCCUCCUCUUCCUCUGGUCUGGAUUAAAGCCCAUCAGGAUCAUGAAUCAUCCCCCCUCUGCUUCUCUAAUCCGGGUUUUACCGAGCUGGAUUUAAAUCUGAGAUCUGAUCUGGAUUGCUCUGCUGCUCCUGGAUCUGAUCGGGUCACGUGCUGGUCCCGGUCCCGGUGUGAUCUUGGACUCGGUGCUCCUGGUUGUUUGUGUUUCUGAAGGGGGAGUUCUGCUGUCAGCCAUGCCGACGUCCCGGCCCGGUUCUGCGCCGGUGGAGUUCUGGGUGGACGGCUCGAGGCGGGACGGGGCGGUCGAGGAGUUCUACACCCUGAGCUCCGAGCUGGGCAGAGGAGCGACGUCCAUCGUGUAUCGCUGUGAGGAGAAACAGACGCAGAAACCCUACGCCCUAAAAGUCCUCAAGAAAACGAUCGACAAGAAAAUAGUCCGUACGGAAAUCGGAGUCUUGCUGCGUCUCCACCAUCCAAACAUCAUCCAGCUGAAGGACAUUUUCGAGACGGACACCGACAUCGCUCUGGUUCUGGAGCUGGUGACGGGAGGAGAGCUGUUUGACAGGAUCGUGGAGCGGGGGUACUACAGUGAGAGAGACGCUGCUCACGUCAUCAAACAGAUCCUGGAGGCCGUGGCGUAUCUCCAUGAGAACGGCGUGGUGCAUCGUGACCUGAAACCAGAGAACCUGCUGUACGCUGAUCUGUCGCUGGACGCUCCGCUGAAGAUCGCCGACUUUGGUCUUUCCAAAAUCAUCGAUGAUCAGGUGACCAUGAAGACGGUCUGUGGCACGCCGGGCUACUGCGCUCCGGAGAUCCUGCGAGGGAACGCGUACGGCCCCGAGGUGGACAUGUGGUCGGUGGGCGUCAUCCUCUACAUCCUACUCUGUGGGUUCGAGCCCUUCUUUGACCCGAGAGGAGAUCAGUACAUGUACAGCCGAAUCCUCAACUGCGACUACGAGUUUGUGUCUCCGUGGUGGGACGACGUGUCCCUCAACGCCAAGGAUCUGGUCAGUAAGCUGAUCGUCCUCGACCCUCACAAGCGUCUCAGUGUGCGGGAGGCCCUGCAGCACCCAUGGGUGCUCGGAAAAGCCGCCCGCUUCUCUCACAUGGACACCGCCCAGAGGAAACUACAGGAGUUUAACGCUCGCCGCAAACUUAAGGCUGCCAUGAAGGCCGUAGUGGCCACCAGUCGGAUGCACGAGAGCUCGCGGCGUCGCACCGACAGCUGUGAGAUCCCGGGCUCAGGGACGUCGAGGCAGAGCAGCAUGCAGCAAGACCCGCCUCCAGAGUCCACAAGCCCCUCCCCCGCUGAUGAAGAAGCCCCGCCUCCAGACCAGGACGACAAAUCAAAGCCCUCCAACCAAAGUGCCCUCACCCCGUCUCCUCCACGCACCCCAGAGCCCCCCCCCAGCUCUGAAGCCACGCCCACGGGCCCCGCCCCCACAACAACAGCCCCACCCCCCACACCCACAGGCCCCACCCCUAUCAGGCCACCUCUCCGUGUCGAUGGGAUUCGACAGGCGUCCGUCAUCCCCAAAACGAUGCUAGUUCAGCCCCGCCUGCAGCAGAAAAGCUUCUCAUUGGUCGAGCCCAGUUCCAGGGUCGACGCCACACUGGCCACGCCUCCAAGUCCCACCAGCCUCAGCAACGGUUUCAUGCCGGGGGCGGAGCCUGCCAGUAAGACCGCCCCCUGCCAGUGAUCACAUAUCGCUUUUAGAAAAACGUAACUUCAUCUUCCUCUUCUCUAAAAACAUCUCAAAUCACUUAAAGGGACCAAAUGAACCUAAAGCUCCUGUUGCAAAUGGAGCUAACGUUUAACAUUAAACUUCCAUAUCUGCAGCUACGCUAACGUGCUAACAGAUACACUUGAGGGUUUGUUGGGUGUUUUCGCAGCCAGGACAGUUGUUCAGUCUUCAUUGUUGAGCUGCUGGUUUUUAGUAAAGAGGCUGGACAUGAUUCAAGGAUAGCAUCAGUUCCAAGGGAGUUAUGAGUUACUCAAGCUAGGCAAGAAAAUCGUCCUUUUAGGUCGUUAUAUGGAACUUUGGGGUGGGAGUGUGGGAGAAUAUGACAAGAAAAUCCUUUUAGGGAUAUUCUCUGAGAUUAAAGUGGUCAUUUAUGAGAAAACUACAUUUGAAAACUAUUCUGGAUCAUACAUUUCUGUGUAAAGUGAAGAUCCGACCUUGCAAAGUGAAGCCAUUUGGAUCUUCGACAAAAAAAUAAACCAUAGUUCCUUACAUUUCUGACUUAAAUCUCAGAGAAAUUGGAGAAAAAAAUUCAUGCAAAUGUCGAGAUUGAUCUCAGAGACUAUUUUUCUUGGAAAUGUGUGCUCUCUUUAUUAAUUUAAAUAUGUUAACAUAGCAUGGUCUUGGGAAACAGACAAUAAAUCAGUUUGGCCUGUACUUAAAUGCCAAUUAAAACACUUUGAUAGUAAGAAGUUCAGACGUAGUCCAGAUGUGGUUAGCCUAGCUUAGCAUAAAUACUGGAAGCAGUGGAAAACAGCUCAAACACCUACCAACACCUCAGUAGCUCAACCACAUAUCUUGUUUGUCUCUAUAAUAAGUGGUAGCAACCUUUCAAUCAUAAGGCCGCUCCUUUAUCGUCUACUUUACUCUAAAUGGGACCGUCAUUUAAAAAAUAAACACCAUGCUGUAUUAAUAAACACUAGAAACUAGCGGUUUGAACCAUAAACUCAUUAAGAAAAUGUUUACUGGGAUCAUUUAUCAAGUAAGAGGCAAGUUCAUUUUCUCAUAGACUCUCAUAGACAUUUUUCAGAACCAGAAAGGUUGCCCCCUGCUGGUUAUUAGAGAGUGCGAUUUGAGGUACUUCCAUUAAGGCUUUACUUUUGAGACUUUAAAGCUCUUUGUUUACACUGUCUUAGGUUUGAUCCGCACAAAAACAGAAAUGUAAAACCAGAGACGUUGCACUGAGGCACUGGGCGGAUGGAUACAAUGAAGAAAUAGUUCUGCCUCGUACUUGAAAUGGGACAAACAGACUCUGGUUUCUUCCUCUUUUGGAAACAGAAGGUGACUUUUUCCUCGAAUGCUCAGGACGGAGCUGAUUGUAUUUUAUUAUUAAACACAUGUCUGCAUGGACACGGGUGUGAAGGACGAGGAGAAACAGAGCAGCUACUGCAUCUCUUUGAGUGUCGGGGCAGCUUCAGACACAGAGACUCUGAGAAAGGUUUGAAGAGACGAUCUGCUUUGUUUUUUAAAAGUCCUUUCUACUCUUUACUGGCGAUUCCCGCUGGAUUUAUUCUGCAGCCGAAUGAGUAGAUAGACCCGGUGUUUAUUUCAGUGUCGUGUUAGUGAGUAAACGCAGUAUUGUUUACACUUUUAUCAGCAGUGGUGAUGAUGAUCUCCUGUUUGCACUGUACAUAGUUUGGUUUUAAGAUUAUAUCUGACAACUUUACCGCCCGACCAGAGACACAAUCAGUGUUCAACCCCCCCCUCCAAAAUAUACAAAAUGUGACUUUCGUCAUUAAAGGGUAUCUUUUAACCUGGAAACUAUUUGCCCAUGUUUUCAUGUUUAAAUGUAUAAUGGGGACAGCAAUUCUAGAUAUUAGUCCAGUAUUGAUCGAGAGUGCUGCAGCCAGGCAAUGAAAUCCUAUCAGGAAAUUAAUCACCGUCAAAUGAAAUCCAUUUCAAGUUUCUGACAACAUUUUGGAAAUAAAUAAAUAAAGAUUAAAUUCUUACAUUUAAUAAUAUGUUGGGGUUUGCUCUUUCCUGUAGGUUUUUGUGCAUGUAUAUAAAUGUUUAAAGCAAAAUUGGGAUAGACACAAUUACAAAUAGACCGGGGGAAAGGGUCUAAUUUCUCUGUAUGGGUCCUUUCCCUAAUGUUGUCAAAUAUUCUUAGACAUCUUGCUCUGGCAGGGGCAAAAACAAGUACUUUUAGUGGACAGUGACAGUGAAAAAUAACAUUGCAACCCAUUUCGCAGCUUCAGUCUGCAAAUUAACAAAAUAAAUUCAUCCCCAAGACAUAACAACGCGGUGAGAUAGGGUCCAAGUUGAAGAACCAAAGUAAACCUUUCAAUGAAACCCUUUAGACUACACGUUCUACCUCUCUUUGUACAGGGGCUUCCAAAAUAAUAAUAAAGAAAAUCAGCCUGGAAAGAAAUCAAUCUUGAACCCACCAGAAACAAAAACACACAAAACUACGGUGGCCAGGACGGACCAAACUGAAGUAAAGGUUCUCUGCCACCAAAUACAAUUUUAAAGAAGCUUUUUAACCCUCCUGUUGUGUUCGGGUCAAAUCUGACCGAUUUACUACUGUCAUCAAUCAUAACUUUUUUGUUUUACAUUCGAUUGCAUAUCCUUCACAGUAGACAUUUGAACAUAUAUAAUUGUUGAUCACCACUUUCAUUGAAUUUUGGAUGAUUUAGUCAACUUUGUAACACCCAUGGUGUUCCCGGUCAAAACUGACCGCCAAAACGAAAUGGAAUUAGUAACCAUCCGGAUCAGAUAAAAACACACACACACUAUAUGUGUUUUCCCCCCUUACGUGCCCAUCCCCCCAUGUGACUCACACCUGGCACACACACCCACACACACAGAACAAUUUGAUACAUUUCCCGCUCUUAUGUGCCCCUCCCCCACAUGGCUCACACCUGGCACACGCAACACAUGUUCAGUGUCUAUUCUUUGUAUAUUUACUGCAGUGUUUCAUGUAUACCAGUAGUCUGGUACAAUAUAUACAGUUUGAAAGGGUGUGAAAUGAAAUGUGGUGAUGAUUAAUGGUUUUUGUGUUAAUGUAAUAGCAGUUAAAACAGGACCGGUCAAAUGUGACCUCCAACACCAAAGUAAGGGGGGGAAAGAACACAACAGGAGGGUUAAAGAGGAACCAGCCCUCCCAAAAAUGGAGCCCAAAAAGUUCUGGAAACAUAUUUUUACUUUCGGUGGAAAAGGACGCAAUUAUUGUAAUUCCUUAUUACAUUUUUUAAAAUGUAUUAUGAUGUUUAUUAUAAGAUCCCAACGUGUGGCUUUUUCCAUGGGUAGGGAUUUUAGUUUAAUGCAAAUUCGCCCUGUAAAAAAACCAUACCACUUUCCAUCUUGUAAAUUCAACAUCAAGUAAAGCCUUUGUAACAUGAAAUCUGUGUCAAAUGUUAACAUGAUGCUAAAGGUAUAUACGCUUUUUAUUUACUAACACACUUGAGAUUUCAAUGGAAAAGAAAACCUUAUCUUUAAAAAUGUUUACAUCAUCCAUUUAAAAAAACACUUAACAUGAUCUGUAAUAAUCAAUUAGUAGAUUAUAGGUGAAUUUUAUGAAAUUUUCCUCCAGGUUUUGUGCACAUUUUAAAUACUUUUUUAAGACGUUAUUGGGCAGAACAGCUCUGUGAUUGGUUGUGAGUCAAAGUGGGCGUUUCUUGAUCAAAGCUUUGAAGAUCUGACUGAUGUGCAGUUUGGUUCCUCUUUAAAAGAUCUGGUCAAAACGAGUCUUCUGCUGUAAUAACUUCUUGCCAAAUGAACUCACUGGAUAACUAUCUGUCAUGGUAGAAAGCAUGUACUCUGUAUAUUUGAUUUACAUAUACUCUUAUGUAAAAACAUGAAUAUUUUUGCUUCUCUAUUCGGAGGGACAGUCCGGGGGCGGGGGGGGGGGGGGUUAAACUGUGUUUUUUGUUUUGUGUUUGCUGAGUGAUCUCGUACCUUUUAUUUUAUUUUAAAGGAUAUAAGCUGACAGUGUGACAGCUGUUAACAUGUGUAUCUCUGCAUGUAUUAUUUACUUUCUGUUGAUCAUAUCAGAUUAAAGACUCAGUUUGCCUCCU